AUGUCGUUCAGCCAGCUCGCCGUCCACACUAUCAUAGUACCUUCGGAGCAAGUAGUGGCGGCCAGUACUGUCUUACCUCCCCUUCUCGGCAUCGAGGGAGCAUACUCGCUAAGGUGCAUUUACCUCCGGUCAGCUUGA